AUGUUUAAUACAUUUUCACCCAUGGAUUCAUCAAUUUCUCUACCAUCUUCUCAAACUUCAUCUUUAGUAAAUAUACCUCAAUCAUUAUCACCAUCUGCUCAAUCAACUCAAGCAUCAUUUUUUUCUCCUUCCUUUACAAAUUCACAAUUAGAUGUUAAAUUAGUUGAACCGGUUAUAUUUUUUCGAGGAAAACCUGAAGAAGCAGUUGGUUGUAUAUUGAGAGGUGAUUUGAUGUUACAUUUAUCUCGACCUACGAAAAUUAAAAAAUUGCAACUGAAAUUUAUUGGUGAUUUACCCGAAACAGUUAAUACCGAAUUGGGAAAAGUUUCAUAUUGUUUAUACGCCCAAGCUUCUAGAUCAAGAUUUACUCCUAAAAUGAAAUAUCGACAACCUGUAGAAAUUUUACGAACUAUACCUGAUCAUUUAUCAUAUGAAAUUAGUAUACCCAAGAAAAGUUAUCCGAUUGGACAAAAUAUUCCAAUCGAAAUGAAAAUUUGUCCAUAUGUUAAAAAGCUUCGAGUUAAUGGAGUAAGAGUAGAAUUAAUAGAGAAAACUACAUAUACAUCUAAAAAUGAUCAAAAAGUUAGUGAUUCAAAAAUAGGGACAACACAAGAAUUAAUUGAAUUUGGGGAAUCCAGAUUAAUGGAUGAUUAUGAAGAAGGAGAUGUAGGAAAUACUAUAUAUCAACAAAAUAUGAAUUUAAUUAUACCUAAAUGUCCUUCCCCAAUUCAUUAUAGUUGUGAUACACCUUUAGUUAGUGUAGCACAUGAUUUAAAAUUUUCAUUUGCUCUCACGUUACCUUAUAGUCCAUCCAAAAGAGCAGAACUUAAAAUAAAUAUACCAAUAACAAUUUUAUCAUGUAGAGCUUUAGAAGAUUAUAUUGGAUUACCUAGUUAUGAAGAUAGUUUUCACUGUCCAUGUGAUCCAGAAUAUUUUAGAAUGGCAAGAUUAGUAUUAGGUGAAAAUGUCGGAGAAAUAUUUUUAAAUAAUAAUUCCUCAAUUGCUGAAAGUUGCGAUUCGAGGAAUUUGGCAUAA